GCCUGAAAUGGCACAGUUGGACCAAAGAAAGAAGGAAAGAAAGAAAGAUCGAAGAAGAACGGAGAACGAAGAAGACAUCAACGGGAACCUCCUUGGAUUUGGCUUCACCCUGCGCAGUGCCCCAACAUCCGUUUUUCAGACGCCAGCCCCCCUCGACCAUGCCACGUCUGAUUUGAUUGCUGACCCGUGUUGCGCCCGUGGUUGUGGUUGGACCCGCUUCGACCAUGAAGAUCGACCGGGCCAAGCUCAAGAAGAGCUGCAGUGAGGUGCCGCCGGAUUGCCAGGCCUUGAUUGAACGCCUAACCUCCGCCGGCCAAGCCGGACACGAAGUGUUCCUCCAGGAGCUCCAACGCAUCGAGACCUGGAUCUUCGGCAAAUGCGAGCUUUUCCAUUGGAUUGAGGUCUUAGACUUGUGCGACGAUGUACUCGAGGCCGCCGCCCAACCGCUCCACCCCGAGCCUCGCCCCGGCUUGCCUGGCGGGGCUUGGGCCCGGGUUGCCGAUACCUCCUUGGUCAUCCCGCCCCAGCCCGAGGGGCCGGCCCGGGAGGCGGCCAAACGCAAGGAGCUACUCUUGUGGACGCUCCAUUUCACCACCCUGCUCAUUGAGCACUCUUUCUCGCGCCAUUUGUACUCGUCCAUGGAGCAUUUGACGGCGCUCCUGGCCUCGUCCGACUUGGACGUGAUCCUGGCCGUGCUCAAUUUGCUUUACAUGUUCUCGAAGCGCAGCAACUUCAUCACCCGCCUCAAUGCCGAGAAACGCCAAGGUCUUUUGAAUCGUCUCACCUACUUGGCCUCGUCUUGGGGCGGGCGCGAAAACGGGUUCGGGUUGGCCCAGUGUUGUACGGACCGACCUGUUCAGACGUUUCCCGAAAGCGCCACCACGCUCAACUUUGAAUACCAUAGCGAAGUACCCGUGCCCGAACCGGAUUCUGGGUCGACCGGAGGCGCCAGCGGAAGUGCCGCCUGGCGUGCCAAAACUGAAGGCGCCUGUAGCACCAUCGUGACCACGUUAAUUCAUGUCAAGCAAGUCGAUCGGCUCAACCAGACCCCGGCCGAGAUCAUGGAUGAUCUGUUGGUCAAGUACACUAAUGUGCCGGACGAGAGUCGGAUGUUACUGUUCACGUAUCUGCGGCUAGCCGCCUCCUUCCCCGACUAUCAGAAGCGCCUCAAGUGCGUCCAAGCCCGACUCCAGGCUUUGUCCGUGCUGAUCUAUACCAAUCAACUCACGGAGAAUGUGCAAAGCCUCCUUUACUCCGGUCUGUUGGAGGAGCUGGUCGAGGUGCUCGAAAUGAGCGGAGACCACCUCAUGGAGAUCAAGGCCGCGGCUUUGAAGGCCCUUACGUCUAUCAUACAUCUCGACCGUAAUCCUCAUUUUCCCAAGUUAAACACUAUCAUUGAUGUGACCGGGGCCGCCUCGUACCAUGGAUUUCUUCCCGUCCUGGUCCGGAAUUGUAUCACCUCACUCACGGCCAACAAGAAAGAGGCCCAGCCUUUCCCUCAACCUCUCGCCACGGCCUUGUUCAGUUUCCUGUACCACUUGGCCUCCUAUGAGGCUGGAGGAGAGGCUCUGGUGUCUUGCGGUAUGCUUGAAAGUCUUCUCAAAGUGAUCCAAUGGCCCAGCACCGAGCUCGACCAUAUCACUUUCGUCACCCGCGCGGUCAGAGUCAUUGACCUCAUUACCAAUUUGGACAUGCAAAGCUUUCAGACCCACUCCGGAAUGACUUGUUUCAUCAAUCGUCUGGAGCUGGAAGUCGAGCAUUGUCGAAAACAGCAGCCCUAUGAAAUCCGCCUCGCUUCGGGGAGGAGAGAUUCAUUGGCCGAAGCCCUUGAACAGCAACAAGCCGAAGAAGAAGCUGCCCGCGCGGCUGCCGAUGACAGUAGCAGUCCCAAUGCCAGUUCAGGUACCAUGGAUAUCGACGAUGCCAAGCCCAGAGGAUCCUCGACCCUGGUCGACCACCUCCCAGAAGAAGAGGCCCAUUUGGCGGAACCUGUGCCUGGCGUCACGUGUCUCCCCCAACGGUCGGCUCUUCUGAAAUCCAUGUUAAACUUCUUAAAGAAGGCUAUUCAAGACCCAGCCUUUUCGGACAGCAUUAGACACGUGAUGGACGGUUCCUUGCCCAACUCCCUUAAGCACAUCAUCAGCAACGCCGAAUACUAUGGAGCCAGUCUGUUUCUCCUAGCAACGGAUGUGGUGACCGCCUAUGUUUUUCAAGAGCCUUCGUUGCUCUCCUCGCUUCAAGAUAAGGGCCUCACUGACGUCGUGCUACACGCUUUGCUCGUGAAGGACGUACCCGCUACUCGUGAAGUAUUAGGGUCGUUGCCCAAUGUGUUCAGCGCCCUCUGUCUCAACACAAGGGGGCUUAACGCCUUUGUCGAAUGUAAGCCUUUUGAGAGAUUGUUUAAGGUGCUUUUGUCCCCGGAUUAUCUACCAGCGAUGCGUCGGAGAAGAAGCUCCGAUCCAAUGGGUGAUACCGCUUCCAACUUGGGCAAUGCCAUGGACGAGCUCAUGCGCCACCAACCCAGUCUCAAACAGAACGCCACCACGGCCAUCAUCAAACUCCUCGAGGAACUAUGCGCCCUGGGCCGUGAUCCGAAGUACGUAUGCUCCAAAGCUAAUCCGAAGACUGAGACACCUGCACCCGCCGAAGUUCAGACCACGACCAAUGAGGGGGGUAGCUCUGACGAAGAAGAGGAGGAAGACGACGAGACCAGCACCAACCAGCCUCAGGACAACACAAGUCAAGCUGAACAGACUGAACAGACCCCUGCUCCUUUGACCGAGAAGCAGCCCGUACCACUCGUGGACUACAUUCACAACGUCAUGAAAUUUGUGGAAGCCAUCCUCAGCAACAACUCCACCGAUGAUCAUUGUCGCGAGUUUGUGAAACAAAAAGGCCUUGAGCCUCUCAUGGGUAUUUUGGGUCUGCCCAAUCUCCCCAUCGACUUUCCGACUCACCAAGCUUGUCAGGCCGUCGCUGCCGUUUCCAAGUCGAUCCUCAACCUGGCCCAUGAGCCCCUGGUCCUUCAUCAAGGUCUGUUACAACUGAACGAGGUCCUUAAGAAACUCCAGCCUUUGCACACGCCUCUCGAGGCGCCUGGCGGAAGUGUCCUACUUAGAGAGCUUGUGUCCUCUCCAGUGAUUAGUGAGGCGACUGUGGACCCUCAGGCCACACCUCUUCUCCACCACAUGUCAGCCGCCCACGCCUAUAUACAAAUGUUUGUCCACGUUUGUCGAACUGGACAGAGCGAUAUUCGAGCCAUGUCCAUCGACCAUUGGGGAUCAGAAUUGGGUCUUAGUGUUCUACGGGGGCUCUCCAAGUUGUACACCUCUCUGGUGUGGGAGAGCACCGUGCUUUUGGCUCUAUGUAGUGAAGAUACAUUACCCCCCGGAUCCGAAUUUGGCAAAGCCGAUAUGGAUAAACUACUACCUCCCAUGCCAGUCAGUAGCACUGUGAUUGCGGCUGCGCUUAGGACCACUGCUUCCAUUACUACGGUAACUAGCGGGACGAGCACAACGACUGUUUCUGCUUCGGGCUCGAGUGCGGCCACCAAUAACCCGCCAUCAUCCUCGAUAUCAUCGGUUGAAAAGUCCACCGAGAAUGAAGAGACGUUUUCUCCUGCUUCUGGGACCUCUGCCGAUUCCAAUGCUAGUGUGACUGCAGCCAUGGAGAAUCUAAGUACUGACCCUGACAUUGCGAAUAUGGACAUUGAUGGCACACCUGCCACUCACCCAUCUACAUGUUCGGCGGUUGGAACAACGGGUGAAAAAUCCAAAGACAAAUCGAGUUCUAUCCUACAUCACCAAAUCAAGCAGAUCAAGCCACUCUUGAGUGGUUCCUCGAGAUUGGGCCGCGCUUUAGCCGAACUGUUCGCGUUAUUGGUGAAACUCUGCGUUGGAUCGCCCUUGAGACAACGACGUGGGCAGCCCAUUCCCCCUACUCCAGCCACUCCUUCGGCACCCGCCAGAGCUGUGGCCUCAUCUUUGACCAAGCUUUUAGCAGCUGGGCUGUCUUGGGAUCCCCCAUCCACUUCGCCUAUCCCUCGGUUCAGGCUCACAUUCUUCAUCUGCUCAGUCGGAUUUACGGCGCCCAUGUUGUUCGACGAGAAGAAAUACCCGUACCAUCUGAUGUUGAUGAAAUUCAUGACCUCCGGAGGACAGAAAGCGUUUUUCGAUACAUUCUAUUGGGCCCUGUCUUGUAGUGGGACGAUACCUCCCGAAGAUGGUCUUGAGCAUCCCGAUCUUCCGGACGGAACUGGAGAGUUUCUGGACUCCUGGCUUUUACUCUUGGAGAAAAUGGUCAAUCCGAAGACCAUUCUCGAAUCCCCUCAUAUCCUACCGUCCAAACCCACGCCAGGAUUCAAGCCGUUCGACCCCAUCAAGUACAUCGCUCGGACGCAUCGUCUGGCGUUCAAAGCUGUGAUGAUGUUGUGGGGAAAGAAACCCUUGAAGCUGUACGGACCAAGGAUGUCCGAGUCCGUUCUAGCCAUCCUCUGUCAUAUUCUCAAGGGCGAAAAACUCAUCGAAGACAAGCUUCUGAAGGAUAGUGCCGUGAUUCCCAGUGCAAGUUCCAAGAUUCCAUCACUCACCUCAAGUGGGCCCACUUUAAGAACGCCUCUGAUGCAAGCCUACAAUCUACAGGGUGGUUCAGGAGCAGCAGCUUCAUCGGCAGCGUCCGAUCCUCCAGCAAACGUACCUCCCGCCCCUGCCACUCCAGCUAUUCCCGAUCCCGCUCCUUUGCCCGAGCUAGCAGAGCCUGACAUCAAUCCAGAGCAUUUAGAAAGACUUAUGGACAUGGGAUUUCCCCGAGAGCGUUGCCUCGAAGCCAUUCAAAGCACAGGUUCCUUAGAUCAGGCCACGGACUAUCUAUUAACCAAUCCUUUUCCUCCACCGUCUGUUCCUGUGGUGGGUCUGAGCCGUGGAGGAGCCGUGGCAAGUGGAGGUAGCUUUUCAAGUGCGGGACCCUCAAUGUCGGGCGCAGCCGAUCAAGAUGAACUUAUGCGGGCCAUCGCCAUUAGUUUGGGCGAAAAUGUUCUCGUGAGCGGGGGAAGUGGCCAAAUCGUAGACAACUCUGAACCUAGAGCUGGCCCUUCUACGACGAAAAAAGCUCCCGAAGAAGAAGAGCAAGAAGACGAGGAAAUGGAUGAGAAAGAAUUUGCUUCAAUAGAAAAGCAUGUUUUGGACGAGUUCGCCGACAACGCUCUUCAAGGCUGCCUUAGUUUAAUCGACACUCUGCCGGAUUGUGUCUUCAAAGUGUGUGAUUUGCUCGUGGCCGUGUUCAACAGGAACGGGCCUUUGAUUAAGGAGUCUCAUCUUCGAAGCUUGGGCCAAGAAGUAGGCCAAGUGUUAGACCAACUCAAUGCAAACGCCAAAAAUGACAAGUCGUUUGAAAAUGGGAUGGACUAUUUAAUCACGAGCUCUGUUGCGGCCCAAGCGGCUGCUCGAAUUCACCUCUUCACAUUGUUGUACGAAGACUGUAAAAUGCUCUGUGCCAAGAUGGUGCAUAGCUCUUGUGUGAUUACCAGCAUGACAACGUUGUUGGACACGUUUCAAAAGGUUGUCAAGGGUCUUCGAGGUGGGUCAAAUCCGGUGGAAGUGGAGACCCCCAAAUGGAUGACACCAAUGGUAUUAUUUAUUGAUCUCCAUGAGAAAGUCAUUUUGGGUAUCAACAGGCGUGCUCAGCUCAAAGAGAUGUGUACGCACAGUUGGAAAUAUUAUGAUAUUGCUAGUGGGAAAUGGUGCAACUAUAUGGCUGUUAACAACAAGACCAUUGACGAUGCGUUUUGGGCUGGCGAAACAAGUGUCAAAAUUCAGACCGGACGAAGAAAAUAUACCAUCCAGUUUGGAAGCAUGUUGCAAGCCAACGAGGAGACUGGUAACCGUCGUCCAGUGAUGAUAACCAUCAAAGAGCAAACCAAGCUCUCCAAGCUCUCUGACUCUAGCACUACCAACGAAGAUGAAGAUUCUCCAACUCCUACACCAAUGGAUCAAUCAGAGACUCCCAAAGAACCCUCGCCAGUCGGUGUAUCUCAACCAGAAAACGACCUUUUGAAGGUCAUGGAUGGCCUGAAAUCCCCUGAUAAGCGAACUCUUCUCGAGUCUUGUGUGGCGCUCAUUGGUAUCCCCGUAGACCAUCAUGCCCUCAACGCUGUGAUGAGGCUUUGUCUCCGACUGACGCAAGACUUUGAGCAAGCCGUCCUAUUUUCCCAAUUGGGGGGCAUGAAAAUGCUCUUGGGAUUGACGCAAGCAUCGAAUUUUGACGGCUUCCCCUCCUUGGCCACUCUUCUUGUACGUCACGUGAUGGAAGAUCCCGAAACCCUUCGACACACCAUGGAAAAAGUGAUCCGCACUUGCACAGUGAACGCAAGUACACCUAACAAUAAAGAGUUACAUUACCUAUUCCGAGCUCUAGCACCGGCCGCUUGUCGAGCUCCCGAGUUCUUUGUUGACGUGGCCAAAGAUAUCUUACGGGUGGACGUGACUCUGCUGAAUAAACGUGGAGGAGAAUUGGAGGAAGACCCGAGAUUGAUCCUGAAGUCAUUGCAGCCCAAAUCUAGUAGCUUGUGUCCUAAUCAUCUCCAUGAGGUGUCUCACUCUAUCAUUGCUGAUCUUCUCAACUUCCUCGUUCAGCCAGACAUCGAAGGAGAUGUUGAAGGACCCGAAUCCGGUGAUACGAGUAACUCGGCCACUUCACCAAAUGCGGAUAACAAUGGUGGACCUGCUACCACAAGCUCGACCCCAGCCGUCACACCAAGUGCAGGAACAGUCAUGUCUGUGGCGAAUAAUGCGACCAAUCGGACCCAAGUCAUUAUCAGGAACUCUUCUUCAGGCGACUUGCAAGUGCCCUCAACCGAUCAAGCCGUACCCAAUGAAGGGAGUGCUAGUGCUUCCACUAAUAAAGAUCCCUCGAAAGAUGACACCGCCGCCGCCAGUAAAGCUGAAGAUGAGCUCAAGAAGCGACCAUUGUUCACAAAGUCGGCUGUUUGCAAACUCUUGGCGGAAUUAGUCAAGUCGUAUGGAGGUUGUGCCAAAUUGAUCACAGAACAUUUGUACGAAUGUGGAAUCACGGAUCUAAUCAAGGAAGAGACGACUGCUCUAGCUUUUAUGUUAGAUGAACUCUUGAUUAGUAAAUCCGACAAGGACUUGGGCACCGUGGUCAAGACCCUCGUGGCUGCCAUUGCUAGUUGCAAUAAUCAAUCAGAAGCACAAACCACUCUCGUGUCUGAGGUUAAGAGUGCUUUAGCACGUGCUCUGACGUGGCCAGAGAGCAACUUGAAGCACAACAAAAUUCAAGCAUUAACCACUCUAGUCUCGACAAUGAUUGAGAGCUGCCCCUCGACCCAAUCUCCACAUCAGAACAGUCUGCAAGCAUUCAAAAAUCAACAGCACACCAUGAAUAAUAUUGUUAAGAUCAUGUUGAAGAAGGGUGUGAUCGUUGAUCUGGCUCGCAUCUCCCAUAAUUUGGAUUUGUCCAGUCCCAAUGUGGCAGCCACUGUCAAUGCCGCAUUGAAGCCAUUGGAGAUACUUACCAGAAUCGUCAAUCAGCCGGGAAAUCUAGCUCAAAGACCGACCCCUGGAAAAGCGAAAAUGGGCGACAGUGCAAUGGAUGGGCAAAAUACCCAAAACGACGAUGAAAGUGGUGCAAAUAUAGGUACUAAUACAACCAAUUCUGAGGCAACAAGGGCACAGGGAGACGAAACAGUCGAACCUGAUGCUGAGGCAACUGAACAUGAUAUUUCCACCGCCGCAGAAAGCAUUGAUCCCAAUUCCGAGAGCCAACUUCAGACGGUCGAGGAAGGCAACGACGAAGAUUUUGAUGAGAUGAUGGAUCAUUUGUUAGAAAGAGAGGGAAAUCAUCCCGAAAUUUUGGCAGAGGUUAUUGAACAUGCCAUCAUUGAUGGAGAUGACACACAACAUGAUUCUCAGAUGAUGACUCAAGACGAAUCACAUUUUGAGGCAAACACGCAAGAUAUGAGCCAAGAUGAAGAAGACCGUGAGAGCGAGAACAGCACAGAUGAGGAACCCAACUCUGAAGAUGCUACUGAAGAGAAUGGAGAUAUCAUGGGAGACGAUAACAAUGUUGCUGAAGACGAAGAAGAGGAUGAUGAAGAUGAGAACGAUGACGACGAUGACGACGAAGAUGACGAUGAAGAUGAUGAGGAUGAUGAGGACGAAGAUGAAGGAAACUCACCUUUUGAUGACGAUGACGAGCAGGAAGACGAAUUUCUCGACAUGGAGGAAACCAUCUACGGACCACCCGACAACGCUGAUCACGACGACAUCGAUCUCUUCUUCCACUAUCCCGAUGGCGGUGAAGGGCCCGGGGCUCUCUUGGACACCGACCGGGCCAACCGAGCUGUUCAUCUUCCAUUGUGGUCCGAUCACAUGACGGGUUCCGGUGCAGAUUCUGGUGGAGCCAACAAUGGCAGCGUGACGAAUCACAUGACUCCAGCCCAUCCUUUGUUGAUGGGACGCCAAGCAGGCGCCACGAAUGAAAGUGCCACCAAUCGGCCAGGAACGCGAGCCAUUCAACGCCUCCGCCCAGCAGGCGGUUUAAGAGGCUACAUCCAACUGAAUUCGAGAGGAGCUCAGGGCAACCCCUCUGCACCCGCCAUUCUCCAAAGUUUUCUAGGAACUAAUCCUCAAGAUCUCAUCACUCAAGGAUUACGCCGGAAUACGCCACUCCUAGUAGACUUCGGAUUUGCCAUUUUAGACUCGCUUGAGAAUGAAUUGCCCGAUAUGGACGGAACCGGCGUGUUUGGAAAUGGAGGAAGAGCCGCGUUGGGCUCGAUUCCCUCGGCAUUGGUGCGUUGGAGCGAUGAAAGUCGCGUCAUUGAUGGCGACUCGAUGCAUGAUUGUGUCACCGGGCUUAAAUCCGACAUCAUUGAAAUGAUUGAAAGCGCCCGGGAUCAAGAGCUAGCCGAACGUCGAGCUUCGCGAAAGAAGGAUCAAGAAACCGAAGAAGAGAACCUACAGAAGAUGCAAAAGCUGAAAGAGGCCGAAGAAAAAGCCAGAGCAGCUCUGCGAGAGAGUGAAGAACAUUGCGAGCAAGAGUCUUCCGCCGAGGCCACAGGGCAAUCCGAGGGCGCUAAUCCUUUAGCUAGUGGAUCUGGCAAUGAAACAUCCAGCUCGUCAUCGUUAAUGACCGAGAAUUUGGUUGCUGCCAUUUCCCGACAAAUUGGCUCGAAUCCUACCCGUGAAGGGGCUCAGUCCGCCAUGAGUAAUCUGAACUCUUUGACAGACUUCCUCCGACAACAUGAGACUGAAGACGGAGAAAGUCUGGAAUCGUUUGGCAGACAUUCCCAAUUCUUGUCGGAGCUCAAUCCUUCUGUGGUUCGAAGGGCACAGCCCGCACAAUCUGGACAAGCCAACCCAUCUGGGAACAACUUAGAUGGUACUCGUGACAGAAGAUUAAUCAUCCCGCCACCUCUUGACUCGUGGGGACAAGUUGGACAAUUGAAUGUGCCUUCGGGCGCUGAAGAGUCAAAUGUGUCCGAUGCUAGUUUGCCUAGCGCGGAUCCGGCCCAGUCCAGAAUUCGAGAUGAAGAAUCACUCCCAGGAGCACUUGGUCCCUUGUCCCCGUCACCGGACAACAGCAACUUAACCCAAAGGACAUCUCCCGGCGAAAGAGAUGUUUAUAUGUCCAAUGAUACGGCCGAGGAAAGCUCUCCUGGAGACAAUGGAGUUGCUUCUUUGAUAGCGGGAAUUCCAAUCCCACCGACUACCACCUCUCCGGAAGAUUCUAGUUCUUACGACAUAGCAGCCUCCUCAACACCAAAUGUCAACGAGGGGACACUCCAAGCUCCUCAAGCCGCUUCAGAUCCGGUUAGCCAAGCCCAAGGUGAAACUACCGAUUCCCAGCCUGAAGCUGGGCCUUCGGGCACCAACGAUGAGGCGGAUGGGCAAGAAGAUUAUGCCACUAUUCUGGGCAUGGAUGUCAGCGAGCUGCCAGAGGGGGUUGAUCCGUCCUUUUUGGCUGCCCUCCCUGAGGACAUGCGUCAAGAAGUGAUUGACGAACAAAGACGACUGCAAACCAUUCGUCAGCGAGCUGCUCAGCAUGUGGAGAGCACGGGUGUGCAAGAAGUGAACCCUGAGUUCUUGGCUGCGUUACCUCCGAACAUCCAAGAAGAGGUACUUCAUCAACAACGGAUGGAGCAACAACGUCAAGCUGCCACCAACCAGAACCCCGAGGCCCCGGUGGACCCGGGCGAGUUUCUUCAGACCUUGCCCACCACGCUUCGACGAUCCGUUUUGGCCGACAUGGAGGAGUCUCAAAUGUCAGCUCUUCCUGCCGAUAUGUACACGGAGGCGCAGAAUCUUCGACGCGAGUAUGCCAUGGUUCAUCAAGGAGCCAAUUCUGCUUUGUCGUCCAUUUUGAGGAAUUCCUUUUCUAAUCGAGGCAAUCAGUAUGUGAUAGGAGGCUUUGGGAAUGGGCGGGCACGAGGUCGCAGUGAUCGAGAGGGUUGGACUUCUCAUAUCUAUCCUGGAGUGAACUCCCUCCACUCCACCUUUCCAACACCCGGUAUCAAGAUCAAGGGCAGACCUCUUCUAGACCACGAGGGUCUUUCCUGUUUGCUCAUUUUAUUGUUCAUUGAAGACUCCAAAAUUAACACCACACGACUGCAUCGAAUUCUGAGAAAUCUUUGCUACCAUGCUCCCACCCGGGAUUGGGUCAUCCAUUCACUCUUGAACAUUCUGGAGAAGUCAAAUGAAGGAAAACUCCACGACCAAGCCAACCACCCAGCCGUUGCUUCCAUUUCGUUUGACACUCCACCAGCUAAAAUGAGAAAGAGCACAUCAAAAGCCAGUAGUUCCGUGGUAGAAACCUCCACUCCGAAUUCUCAAGGGAUUGCCUCCACUUCAAAAACUGAUCGUCCCACGCAAUGGCUUAACAUUUCAAUGGACGCUGCUCUUGGGUUCCGAGCCAACGUAUUCCAAGUCCAGCGGUUUGGUGGUAAAAAGAGUCAUCAGCCCAACUCUGACAAAUCAAACACGGUGGGCAUUCAUCCCGGUGCAGCCACUUUCGUGAGUAAACAUACUCUUGAGGUUCUCAUUUCUCUUGCCAAGAGCUUCCCGAGUCACUUCUUGCCGUGGAAGGAUCUUGAGCAGGGCUCUAAAGAAACCAAUGGCACGAAGAAAUCAUCUGGAGCCUCCAAGUCUUCCUCGAGCGAUGGAAAGAAGGCUACCGAACCUGCGGUCAAUGACUUUUGGGAGACUCUUCUGAAACUCGACCUCCAAUCCACGUCCAAGAAAGGCAAGAGCGUGGUCCGCAGUCACAGUACGGGAUCGUCUCUCAAGAUGGAGGACGAAGACUCACAAUGUAUUAACUUCAAUUCCUCUCCCUUUGGACAAUUGUUGUCCAUGCUCUCAUUCCCUGUGAUUAGGAGGAGCUCAGUUCUUACGGAUAAACUCCUGCGGCUUCUCUCGCUGAUUUCUGUUGGCCAGCCAGAUGUUAUGAGGAAGUCCGAAAUGGGCAAAAAAGCUCUCUCACCAUCCAACACCACAUCAACGACGGAAACGGAUUCAUCUCCCACAAGUCACGAGCCCAUCCCGGCCGAUCUUCUCCAAUUAGCAGUAGAAGUACUCACAUCAAAAGCUUGCAGUGAAGAGGGUCUUGAGGACGUGAAUGCACUUCUCCUCAACCUGUCUUAUGGGCCGGAUCCCACGCGAGAUACGAUCCUGAAAUUGCUCCUCCAAGGUGCGCAGGAGUUGGGGAAUGUGGUCCGUCAAAAUGUUCUUCAACUCCAAAACGAGCUUAGACAGCUGAAAGCCGAUAUGACGAGCAAUACCGAGGGCAGUUCUGAAUCUCAAUCCACCCUUUCCGAUCAAAGCGGCAAAGAAAAGUCCUCAUCACGAGGAGGUUUCGUGGACCGUUUCACCAAAGAAAAAGUCGUCUUGACAGCUCCUACGAAAGUCAAAGGUGGAUCUGAGCUCCAACUUCCGUCUAUGAAUACCUUGACCACCAAAACAUCAAGUCAAGCCUUUUUCCUCCGCGUGUUGAAAGUGAUCAUUCAACUCCGAGAAGCAGCUCUGGUGGCCAUCAAAAAACGGAAGGCCGCCCAGGAGGCACAGGACAAGGCCAAGAAGGCUUUGGCCGAAGCAGACAAGGCUGAUCAAGACGAGAAAGAGUCAGAGGAGAAAAUGGAAACUGAUCAGGAAGAUGAGCAAACUCAAAAACCCUCCACCGAAGAAAGUGGUGGCUCGGAAAAGAAAGAUGUAAAGGAAGAAGACGAAGCCUUGGAGGAGGAAGGCCAAGGGGAAGAAAGCGCGUCAAUAAGUGAAGCAUUGAUCGAAUCGCUCGAUAGCUUAAGCGAUCAACUUCAAUUGGAACCUCUAUGGGAUGCAUUGAGUGGCUGUUUGAAAGAUCUAGCCGACACUCCUGAUCAUCAUGCCGUGUUAGUUCUUCAGGCCUCUGUGGAGGCGUUCUUCUUAGUUCAUGCGGCUGCCACUCAACCCGAGGAUAAGAAGAAAGCACCUCAAAAAGAGACAAGACAAGAGCAAUUAGCCCAUAUCCAAGAACAACUUGAGCCCCCCAAAGGGGACGAACCUGGAGCAGGGCCGUCUUCCUUGUGCCCAAGUAAUCUGUCUAAGGACACGGAGAAGUUUUUGGAAUUUGCAGAGACUCACCGCACGGUUUUGAACCAGAUCCUACGUCAAUCCACGAACCAUUUAGCUGAUGGUCCAUUUUCCGUGUUGGUCGAUCACACACGUGUUUUGGAUUUCGAUAUCAAACGCAAGUACUUCCGCACCGAACUCGAGCGGAUGGACGAAAACAUGAGACGGGAAGAUUUGGCAGUGCAUGUGAAACGAGAGAAUGUCUUCGAAGACUCUUUCCGCGAGCUUCAUCGCCGAACUCCCGAAGACUGGAAGAACCGAUUUUACAUCGUGUUCGAAGGCGAAGAAGGCCAAGACGCGGGGGGUUUGCUUCGAGAGUGGUAUGUGAUUAUCAGCCGAGAGAUCUUCAACCCCAUGUAUGCUUUGUUCAAGACCUCACCGGGAGACAAGGUCACCUACAUGAUCUACGAGCAGUCCCAAACGAACCCCAACCACUUGGAUUACUUCAAGUUCGUGGGACGAGUCAUCGCCAAGGCCAUCUACGAUAACAAGUUGCUGGAAUGCUAUUUCACUCGGUCGUUCUACAAGCACAUUCUGGCUAAACCGGUCAAGUAUACGGAUAUGGAAUCGGAAGACUACGCCUUUUACAAAGGCCUCGAAUUCCUCAUAGAGCAUAAUGUGGCUGAUUUGGGCUACGAGUUGACUUUUAGCACAGAGAUUCGCGUAUUUGGGGUGACCGAAGUGAAGGAUCUCAUUCCCAAUGGACAGAAUAUUCCUGUGACCGAGGAGAACAAACGGGAAUACGUGCGACUGGUGUGCCAGAUGAAGAUGACCAGUGCCAUUCGCUUGCAACUCUCGGCCUUCUUGGAGGGAUUUUACAACAUCAUUCCACGCCGGCUCAUCUCAAUAUUCAACGAGCAAGAACUCGAGCUCCUGCUGUCGGGGCUGCCCAAUGUGGAUGUGGACGACCUGAAAGCGAACACGGAGUAUCACAAAUAUCAGGCCAAUUCGCUGCAGAUCGUUUGGUUCUGGCGAGCCCUCCGCUCGUUCGAUCAGACGGACAAGGCCAAGUUCAUGCAGUUCGUCACGGGUAGCUCGAAAGUGCCUCUCCAAGGGUUUGGAGCCCUGGAGGGAAUGAACGGACCUCAGAAAUUCCAGAUCCAUCGGGACGAUCGUUCCACGGAUCGCUUGCCCUCGGCUCAUACGUGUUUCAAUCAGUUAGACUUGCCUGCCUAUGAGACCUACGACAAAUUGCGAACUUAUCUGCUCAAGGCCGUCCAGGAGUGCUCUGAAGGUUUUGGCUUUGCUUAGAAGAAGAUCUAAAAACAACAACAACAAAACCAGUGAUAUCAUCAGAUCCUGUCUACAUACUACUUCGAUAAAUUGAUGAAAAUAAGAAUGACCCAAAAACAA